GUUGGAGGCAAUAACUAGUCGUGUUCUGAGGGGCGCAAGCUACGAUUUCUGCUGAACCUAGGGGCCAUUUCCGCGGCUUUUCCUUCAGUUGAACCUUUUCCUCUGGCCCAGAUGCUCUUCAAUUCGGUGCUCCGCCAGCCCCAGUUCGGCGUCCCAAGAAAUGGAUGGUCUUCACAGUACCCUCUACAGUCCCUUCUAACUGGUUAUCAGUGCAACUGUAAUGAUGAACACACUUCUUAUGGAGAAACAGGAGCCCCAGUUCCUCCUUUUGGAUGUACCUUCUCUUCUGCUCCCAAUAUGGAGCAUAUACUAGCAGUUGCCAAUGAAGAAGGCUUCGUUAGGUUAUAUAACACAGAAUCACAAGCCAAUAAAAAGAAGUGUGUCAAAGAAUGGAUGGCUCACUGGAAUGCUGUCUUUGAUCUGGCCUGGGUUCCUGGUGAACUUAAGCUUGUUACAGCAGCAGGUGAUCAAACAGCCAAAUUUUGGGAUGUAAAAGCUGGCGAGCUGAUUGGAACAUGCAAAGGUCAUCAGUGCAGCCUCAAAUCAGUUGCCUUUUCUAAGUUUGAGAAAGCUGUCUUCUGUACAGGUGGAAGAGAUGGCAACAUCAUGGUCUGGGACACCAGGUGCAACAAAAAAGAUGGAUUUUAUAGGCAAGUGAAUCAAAUCAGUGGAGCUCACAAUACCUUAGACAAGCAAACCCCUUCAAAACCUAAGAAGAAACAGAAUUCAAAAGGACUUGCUCCUUCUGUGGAUUUCCAGCAGAGUGUUACUGUGGUCCUCUUUCAAGAUGAGAAUACAUUAGUCUCAGCAGGAGCCGUGGAUGGGGUAAUCAAAAUAUGGGAUUUACGUAAGAAUUACACUGCUUAUCGACAGGAACCCAUAGCAUCCAAGUCUUUUCUGUACCCAGGUAGCAGCACUCGAAAACUAGGGUACUCAAGUCUGAUUUUGGAUUCCACUGGCUCUACUUUAUUUGCUAACUGCACAGAUGACAAUAUCUAUAUGUUCAAUAUGACUGGAUUAAAGACUUCUCCAGUGGCUAUCUUCAAUGGACAUCAAAAUUCUACCUUUUAUGUUAAAUCCAGUCUUAGUCCAGAUGACCAGUUUUUAGUCAGUGGCUCAAGUGAUGAAGCUGCCUACAUUUGGAAGGUCUCCACACCCUGGCAUCCUCCUACUGUACUCCAGGGUCACUCUCAAGAGGUCACAUCUGUGUGCUGGUGUCCAUCAGACUUCACAAAGAUUGCUACCUGCUCUGAUGACAAUACACUGAAAAUCUGGCGCUUGAAUAGAGGCUUAGAGGAGAAAUCCGGAGAUAAACUCUCCAUAGUGGGUUGGGCAUCUCAGAAGAAGAAAGAGGCGCGAGCUGACCUAGUAACAGUGACAAGUAGCCAGAGUACUCCUGCCAAAGCCCCCAGAGCAAAGAGCAGUCCAUCUAUUUCUUCCCCGUCAUCAGCAGCUUGUGCUCCCAGCUGUGCAGGAGACCUCCCUCUUCCUUCAAAUACCCCCACAUUCUCUAUUAAAACCCCUCCUGCCAAAGCCCGGUCUCCCAUCAGCAGAAGAGGUUCCGUGUCCUCAGUCUCUCCCAAGCCACCCUCGUCUUUCAAGAUGUCCAUUAGAAACUGGAUGACCCGAACACCGUCCUCAUCACCACCCAUCACUCCCCCUGCUUCUGAGACCAAGAUCACGUCUCCAAGAAAAGCCCUCAUUCCUGUGAGUCUAAAAUCAUCCCAAGCAGUGGCGUGCUCUGAGUCCAGAAAUCGAGUAAAGAGGAGGCUGGACUCCAGUUGUCUGGAGAGUGUGAAACAGAAGUGUGUGAAGAGUUGCAACUGUGUGACUGAGCUUGAUGACCCAGUGGAAAAGCUUCAUUUGGAUCUGUGCUGCCUUGCUGGUAGCCAGGAAGACCUUGGUAAGGACUCUCUGGGUCCUACCAAACCAACCAAGAUUGAAGGAGCUAGUAGUAUGAGUAUCUCAGAGCCUCCUUCUCCUGCCAGUCCUUAUGCUUCAGAAAGCUGCGGAACACUACCUCUUCCUUUGGGAUCUUGUGGAGAAGGGUCUGAGGUGGUAGGCAAAGAGAAUAGCUCCCCAGAGAAUAAAAACUGGUUAUUGGCCAUGGCAGCCAAACGGAAGGCUGAGAAUUCAUCUCCCCGAAGUCCAUCCUCCCAGACCCCCAGUUCCAGGAGACAGAGCGGAAAGACUUCUCCAGGCCCGGUCACUAUUCCUCCCAGCUCCAUGAGGAAAAUCUGCACAUACUUCCAUAGAAAAUCCCAAGAUGACUACUGUAGUCCCGAACAGUCAACAGAAUUAUAGAUUCUAAUCUGAGUCCAUCAUCAAAUCAAGGCAGAAACAAGCCAUGGAAAUCAAAUUCAUAUUUUCAAGAUGCAGAAACUGGCCUGGGGAACUUAACCAAUUUGACUAAGGUCACAAAACCAGAUAGUGGCAGAAUCCAUUCUGGCACCCCACAUUCUUUGUACCCUAGUCUUCCUGAUCUACUCUAGCCAUUUCUCUACAUACCAUUUUUAAGAUCCAGUUCAAACCCUCCUGCCUUCCUGUAAGAGUUAUUCACAGAUUUUCCUAAAAAAAUCUUCCUUCCACUCA